UUUAUUGUGUUCACUGUAGCACCGUCCCUCCUAACACUGAGAAGAAAACAGAGCGAACAACUUCCAUCAAGCAUCUUUCUCCAGCAAAGGAGAUGGCUGGCCUGUGCUGGGUGACGGUGAUGCUGGCCUUCUUCCUGUCUGCUGAAAACAGUUUGGCUGCUGUGAACCAGAACAAGCUUGCAGGAAAUGGAGAUGGCAUCUUGAAAGAAUACGUAACAGAAGGCAGUCCGGCUGUAACCAUCCCAGAGAACCAGAACCAGAACACUGACAAAGUCAAUCAGGAAGUCUCCAGAAGUGACCCUGGUGACAACGUGACGAGAAGUCCUGAAAAUCCUGAACCAGAUGAUCAUGCAAAGUCAAGUGCUUUGGACUACUUGAGCCAAUUAUUAGAUAGUGGCAGAGGACAGCGCUCGGGCAGAGGAGGGGGCAUGGGUAGGGGGCGAGGCAGAGUGAGCCGGCGUAGAAGGGGAAAAGGCAGAAGGAACCGGCGUAGAAGGGGAAAAGGCAGAGGAAUGAGACGGCGUAGAAGGGGAAGAGGCAGAGGAAUGAGCUGGGGUAGAAGGGGAAAAGGCAGAGGAAUGAGCCGGCGUAGAAGGGGAAAAGGCAGAGGAAUGAGCCGGCGUAGAAGGGGAAAAGGCAGAGGAAUGAGACGGCGUAGAAGGGGAAGAGGCAGAGGAAUGAGCCGGCGUAGAAGGGGAAAAGGCAGAGGAAUGAGACGGCGUAGAAGGGGAAAAGGCAGAAGGUUUGGCAGAGGGUAGAUAAGUUCUGUGAAAGCUGUGAUUCAGGGGAAACAGAUUUGAACCCACCUUGACUGAGACUCAUUUUGCUUAAUAACAAGACUAAGGAUCUACAGCCAUGUUCGCGGCUGUGUGUAUUUGAGUACAGCGGUGCUUUAUCAAUAUAUUUUUUACAUUCUUUAUUUUUUGCUGCGGCUAAACAAGUUUUUCUACUAAAAACUUUUUUUCCAUUAAAUUUGAUAUAUCGAUGGCCAAAGCGCAAAACCUCCUCUCUGCAGAAUUUUCUG